UCCCGCAGGCCGCAGCCUCCGCUCGCGUGGCGCGCCGUUGCCCUUGCAGUCGGAGUGCGGCUGAGGAGGGGCAGCCCCGGCGGAGGGGCGAAGAAAUCAUGGUGAAUUUUGUUCAGGCCGUGUGUGACCACUGGGUUCAUGUCCUUGUCCCCAUGGGGUUUGUAAUCGGAUGGUAUCUGGACAAAAGGAGUGAUGAAAAGUUAAUGGCCUUCAAGAAUAAAAGCAAGCUGUUUGGAAGGGAAGUGAAAUCCAAUGAAGAAGAUACCCGGAAAUGAAGAAUUUUGCCGAAUGGGGGGAAUGUGUAUCUUUAAUAAAUCGUAUUGAAUGACAAA